AUGCCAAACACUAUGCCCGGGGAGAUUGAAGGCGUGGCCGAGAAAGUCGUUAUUGUCGGAAGUGGUCCCGCGGCGUGGACUGCCGCUAUCUAUGCCGCCCGCGCGGCGCUCGAGCCCCUGGUGAUCGAAGGGGCUAUGACCGAACAAAACCGGCUCGACGGCACCCUCCCACUGGGUCAACUCGCCCUGACCACCGAGGUAGAGAAUUACCCCGGCUUCCCCGCAGGCAAUCUCGAAAGCUACCUCGACGACUCCAUCGACAAAGAACAGCGUCAGUACAUGGCGCCGCACCAGAAGGAAGGCGUCAGCGGUCCGGAGUUGAUGGAGUUGAUGCGGCAGCAGGCCAAGAACUUCGGCACCCGCAUCAUCACCGACGACGUGACCAAGGUCGACUUCAGCUCGCACCCUUUCAAGCUCGUCCGCUCGAAUGGUGAAACGGUCGAAUCGCUGACUGUAAUCAUCGCCACCGGCGCCCGCGCGAACUACAUGGGGCUGCCUUCGGAAGAAGCCUACAAGAACCGCGGCGUGAGUGCCUGUGCGGUCUGCGACGGCGCCCUGCCCCGCUUCCGCAACAAGCCGCUGGUGGUAAUCGGCGGGGGCGAUUCAGCGGGUGAGGAGAGCACCUACCUGUCGAAGUUCGCCUCGCGGGUCUACAUGGUUCACCGCCGCGACGAACUCCGAGCGUCGAAGAUCAUGGCCAAACGUGCCAUCGAAGAUCCCAAAAUCGAGAUCUUGUGGAACAAUACCUUGGAAGAAGUCUACGGGACCGAUCAGGACGGAGUGACUGGCGUACGCCUCAAGAGCACGGUCGACGAUUCGGAUCAGAAGCUCGACGCCAGUGGAGUUUUCUUGGCCAUCGGGCACACGCCCAACACCAGGUUUCUUGAAGGGCAUCUCGAUAUGACCGACAAGAAAUAUCUGGUGUGGACCAAGCCCGGGCGAACUUAUACCAGUGUCGAUGGCGUGUUUGCCGCCGGCGAUGUGGCCGACGAUUACUACCGUCAGGCAGUCACCGCCGCAGGAAGUGGUUGCAUGGCCGCGCUCGAUGCCGAGCGUUGGUUGGCCGCUAAGGAACUCUUGUAG